UGGUCUUUUGCAAAGAUAGCUGGUCUUUUGCAAAGGUAGUUGGUCUUUUGCAAAGGUAGUUGGUCUUUUGCAAAGGUAGUUGGUCUUUUGCAAAGGUAGCUUGUCUUUUGCAAAGAUAGCUGGUCUUUUGCAAAGGUAGUUGGUCUUUUGCAAAGGCAGUUGGUCUUUUCUUCUUCAAAAAAUAAUCUUGAUUGUAUUGAAAUGGAAUUUUAAGCAGCUUGGUUAGAGAGUGAUGUCAUAACCUGCACUUUGAGGUUAACGCAAAAAAAAACACUACUACUUCGCAAAAAACAUAACCAGCAUAAAUGAAUUGAUACGUAUAAAUGAUAGGCUUUAUUAAUAACGACUCUGCUCCAAAGAGAGUCCAUAGUUUGUUAACUAUUUACAAGGAUAGGGCAAAUGAACAGGUAACAGCUCACUGAAAUACACCAAUAAAAUCCUACUGAAUUACAUCCAAAAUUAGCUGUGUCUUCAAUGGUCAGAAUAUUUAAAUGCAGUUCGCUCGUAGAUCAAUCGCUUGAAAAACAUAAUCGCCAAAAACCUCUUUUCGUUUAUUUCGGGUCUUUGCAAAUCCUCGUCGCCAAUUAUAAUGCCUCAAGUAGGUUUGAAACUUGGUAUUAUUGAUUGAAGAUCGCCGUCCUAGACAUAAAGGGACUCGACCCUAGUGACCGCAAAACCGGGGGUGGCGCCUCUACACUAUAAGUGAGAUUUUGAUAUCAUUUUAAACAUGUAGCUGAGACAUGAUUCACAUUAAUUAAAAAAACGGGCCCAGAGCUUUAUUUGGCCCUAGCAAACCCCUUGGAUGACUGCUUGGCAUGGAGAAAUAGAGAACUUUAGAGCCAGUGCCACUACGAGUUCGAGUAUGGUUCGAGCAAAAGUUUCGAGCACUGUGCAUUUACUCUGCUCAAAAAUAGCGGGAAUCACCUUGGAAACUCGUUAUAUGUUGGCGCGUUCACUGCGAAAUUUUUGACAAAUCUCGUUCUGCGAUAAACAAGUUUUCAGUUGUUUUGCAACAUACAUGCAGUAUCCGCUGUAGAUCCAUCAUCAAAGUCAUUAUUAGCACCUUUCCAUUACCCAAUUUUUGUACGCCUGGAAGCGCAUAUUUGCCUCCAUCACAUGUUCAUCAUUUUUUAUGAGAACGGGGCGUCAAAUGUUUAGAUUAUCCCACUAAAGGCGAGAUCCAUUUGUGUUAAAGUGCUAAAAUAAUUGGAAAGUUUACGAAUAUUGGUUCGGAUGUUAUCAUUAGCAAAUUCUCAAUUUUGUCUUUAAAGAUAUAAUGUUAUUGUUGGCAUCAUUUCAUAAGACUUAUAAAGUUUAAUCCCCUUCUCUAACUCUAUCCCCUAUGUGACAGGCCCAUUCUGAUUUAGACGUUUUAGUCUGGGGUGGAUGAUUUCCCUUUGCUUUUAAUCUUAACAGAAAUUAUUCUUUAGUUCUGCAUUCUGAAGAUUGAAUUCACUGCUAUGUACAGCAGUUACUAGUUAUUCCCUUUCAGCGAAUCACUCGUGGGGUGUAUCACUCUUUCCAAGCAGCGUACGAGAUUUUUAAGAACAAUAGGAUUUUUCGGGAUUUUAAUGGUUUUUUUUUCGAAAGUAAAAGGCUUUUUGCUAAAGGCGUGCGAGAUUUUCGUGGAGUGAUAUGCCCAACGGAAUCACACGAUCAAUAUCAUGUCUACUAAAAACGAGGGUUGUAGCAAUUUUGCGUUUUAGGUUCCUCAAAUUCUACUUCAAUACAUACCUUGCACUGAAAUUUGUACUUUUAGAUUAAAAUUUUGAGAACAGUGGGUCGCUGACAUGUGUUUUGAUUGGCUGUAGUUGCAGUCGUCAGCAGGUGAGGAUUCCCCUAUGGAUCUUCUAGCAGGUCCGCGAGUAGCCAGUUAUUAAGACUGGGAAUCUUACUUCGGUUUCAUAGAUAGCUGUUAAUGACUGUCUACAAACAAGCCAUUGCUAACUUUGAGCGCAAAAACGUUGAAUUUAAGUAGUACACCGCUUAUAGCAGAGUCUUAUUUUCACAGUUUGUCAUUUUGCCUGAAAAGUUUGCAUUUCAGCUGUCUUUUCAAGAUCAACGCUGAAAAUUGGAACGAACUAGGAAGAAGUGUAUUAAGGCUGGAAGUAAAGCUGUUAGCUGAAUUGUCUUUUGCACAAAAAGCGCUGUGUUUUUGAGAACAUCACGAAAAGGAUUGACAGAAUCAACAUUUUGACUAACUGAUAGGAGGCAACACAGGGUUUCUCGUUCAAAACGUCUUGUCGAUGACAUGGAUAACUUCACUAAUACAUCCAUUGACAUUUUCAGAAUGAAUAAAACAUUUGGGUCAUCUUACCAUCUUCUUCUGCUUGUUUUAGCUAUUUUGAUAAUCAUUGCUAACAUCACAGUCUUAUACUUAUUUCUGAAGACACACGCACUGCAAGUUGGCAUUACAAACAGACUUCUGGCGAACCUGGCUGUCAGUGACUUACUAACUGGCCUUGUCACCAUUCCAAUGACAGUGGCCUCUGCUACAUUGAAUGAAUCACCAAAUAUUCACAUUCUAUACUUCAUUUCUAAUGUACUGAGUGAUUUUGGUACAAUUUAUACCGUAUCCAGUUUAUGUCUAGUUAUUUAUGACCGGUACUUUUUGGUUUGCAAGCCGUUUGAACGCAAACGUCAGCGCACAAGAUCCCCAACUGGCUGCCAAAUUGUUCUGUUGUGGGUAAGCAUAUUUCUAAUUGCCGCUUUGCCCUUUUCGUGGAGCUACGAUUUGCUGCUUGAUCCACGGGAACAUACAAAGGAAUAUCAACUGACAGCGGAAAGAAUUUACGUCGUAUCAAUAACGACAUUUUUUUUCUUCCUUCCGUCUUGCUUUGUAUUAAUUGCACUGAUUUUGAUGCUUUUUGAAGUGAGAAACUUUUUCGCGGAUGAAGCAUGCAACACGCCGCAGCAAAGAACAAACCGAACCCAAUUAGCUGUUGUUAUCAAAUUCACGAUUGCUUUCAUCACUUUUAUGUUCUGUUGGGUUCCUUUGAUGACCAUCAGAAUAUUGGAUUACUUCUUUAACACCAUUUCAAUGAAGCUAACAGCAGAAAGCCUUGAGGCAAUAUUUGCUAUGAGAUGUGCAACAUCAUUGAUAAAUCCACUUAUCUACACCUGGAACGACCGUGACUACAAGAAAGAGAUAAGCAAAUGCUAUAUCUACAAAACUUUCAUCAGAUUUCUUGAAAAGAGAAUGAAACUACAAAACCAGGAUCAACGAUGUAUGGUUUGACAUACUGGCAGAAAAAACAGAGGAAGAUCACUACCCUUAUUCCAAACAUGUCAGCUUCUAAUGGUAUCGUUACGAAAUCUCAUAAAUAUCUAAACGCUGUCGAGAUAUCACGAAGGUCAAGGAAAUGAUAGUGAUGGCGUUGCUUGUUUCGGGUCUCAGAAAUUUCAUCAGAAUGAACAAUCAAAAUUUCUGAAUAUAUUAAAAUUCUAAUUUGCAUCAACCAACACAUGGUACAAUUCGACAUUGUAAAUUAAACAGAUUUACCGCAAACAACAAAUUAUAUAAAUAAUAAAUGAUGAACAGGACAUAAUGAGGAAAUACGCUCAUUUUACAAUAAUUAUGAUAAAAAAACGUUGCCUUUGUCAAAAUAGUUUUUCUUGAUUUGACAUAAGAGGUAUUGGACAGCGCCACCAAUGUAUUCCUGAGGUCUCUGUCUCGAAACAAAGGCUCAAGCGAAUUGCUUGUUGUGACGCUUUACAUCUUGCUGAAUGAUGGGAUCAAGUUAGAAACAGCAUGUUUGCUCUAAGCGUUUUCUAGCGGGGGACUUUCAGGGCAAAUUCUCCUUCACUUUUCAAUAAGAUUUUAACUAUUUUCAAGCAAAACUAAGUACAAAUACCAUUGUAGAUGGCACGAAAUAUCGGAAACAUAGCAUAAUGUAGACCAAGAACCCCAAAGGCUUCGAAAAUGUCCAAAUGUUUUGCACUCCAAUUCUUUUUUUCAUAUGGCCACUAUUUAUAGUGUCUAGAAUCCUCAUAAAAAACUUUUGAUGGUCAAAGCUCCUCUUAAAUUGUAAAAUAUCUUUCAUUUCUUAUAAAGAAUCCCCUUUGAUACAUUAGUUUUCUAACAAUGACGCCCCUCCAAUAUGUCUACACACUGAGGGGUUUCUUGCACAACCAUUGAAACUUACGAGCCUCGCCAAAAAUAAUGGUAGUACUCCCCAAUAAACUUCAGUAAAAGUGCAAAAUUCCUUCCCUACCCAUUAUUUAGAAGCAGAACAGUACUAAUAAAAAUUUGCAUUACGUUCAAUUCAUAUCACGCACAGAAAACAUCGAACUAUGCGUUAGAAAGUCAAAACAACAUUACUAAUUUCUACGAUGCUUACUCAGUAAUCUAUCGUUUUAUCCUUUAAUAAUGGAAGGGUUUAAAGAAUCCUUCCACACGGAUGGAACAGUGCUAUGGCGUUUGGCACUGAUAAAUACAACGUCUGGCUUCAUUUUGAAGCUUAUUAGUCGAAAGUCGAGAAAAAAAACCUAAAAGCGAUGCCUCUAUGCCCAGUAGAAACUGUUUUAAUGUUUUAAUAUAAUCUAUGCUCAAAGCCUGCAUAUCUUUUGCUAGGUCAUGUUAUGAAGGCGUCUCGUCUAAAGGGUUGAAAUACAGCACUGUAGAGCUCUACAUUGAGGCUUUUGACAGUUAUGGUAAACUUAUUCUUCUGUGUUCUUUGGACACUAAAAAAAGGAAUGAAACAUUGUUUCCCUGAGUAACUCCUUUUUCUACAUAACUGGGAAUUAUUUAUUUCAUAAGUGAAAAGGAUAAAAGAAAUUAAAUAUCAAUUCUUUUUAAACAAGAAUGAAAAAUAUGUACAUAUAAUACAUAUAACAUAUAAUACUAUAUGUACAACGAGAAAUUUUGACUAUAAGAUCUCAAGAUUUAUUGAGUCUUAGUAUAAAGUCAAGUAGACUGGGCAAUGAUCUCGUUGUAACUUUACUAGCAUGAUAUGAUAAACAUAACUCGCUUUAGCAUUGGUCUCGAAAAUGUAAUUCUUCAGGUCAGAUUUUUAGGUAUAAAGGCUUUGAUGUUUGCGUCUAUUCAAACGCGUUACAAACUCUCAUAUCUUCGGUUACUAUUCAACACUUUACAUUGUUCAACGCUUUACACUGUUCAACCUGUUACCUGUUGUAGUUUACCUAAAGAGGUUUUUUAACUGUUACUAAUAGUUACCACAAUUUACUAGAGUUGAUUGUAGUUGAAAUGUAAAUAAUUUUUCGUUUCUUCAUAAAUGCAAUAUGCUAUUUCGUUUUGUAUUCAUUGUCUAUAAUGUCUUAUUCCUACUAAUAAAUUUAUCAUACAAAAUCUUGUUGAUGAGGCUCAUCUUUUUAAUAUGUGCCACGUCAGGCUAAAACAGAAGUUUGAAGCUAGUUAUGUUUCUAAUGAAAAGAUUAUUAGUUUCGGAAAGUGUAUUAAUUGUCGGGAGCGCUCUUUUUUGAAGGCAUGCCUGCUAUGAUAAUAAAGCAAAGUUUAGUAUUAUUGCGCAAAUGUCUUAAACCUUUUCUCGAAAAAUUACUGUUAAGGCAAGAUGAGGGCAGGUGACAAAACUUUAAUUGAAAAAUAUUAUAAUUACCCGAAUGAGAUAUUCCAGCUGCAGCUCAAUUAUAUAAUCGAUACUAAAAACUAUGGGAAUUUGAUACUGAAGCAAAUGUUUUUUCCCUUCAUUCUCAAUUCACUGUAUACUUUGGGAUAUGCUUUUUAAAUUCUAAUGAAGCAUUAAGGGCUUGAUUCGUGAUUUAUUUAUUCCAAAAUGUCGAAUCUUUGACAAUAGCAGAUCAACUAUACCUGUUGUCAAAAUCAAUGUGGACAAGAGAAAACAGAGAUUAAUGGUACAUUUAAGACUGAAGUCUACCUCAAGAAUUUCAAGUUUGUGGAAAAAUUAAUAUGCAGUGUUGUUGCCGACUAUACUGUUCAUCAAUCCAUGAAUCAAUGCAGUUGAUCAAAAGAGAGGCAAACAAAAUUCCGUCUUUCUAAGACUUAUCUCAGAACAUCAGGAUAAAACUCAAUGAAUGAUGACAAAUGUCAGUAUGAUCAUUUUGGGUACAUGCAAAAAUAACGAGUUUUAAAAAAAUUGAGAUUCGAAAAUUUAAGUGAGUUGCCGUAGUCGUUAAUUCAGGGAUUCGGUUGACUUUGUCGAAUGAUGACAUCCCACUAACAUCCUUCUUGAGCUUGGUUCACGCAGUCCACCAAAGGAACAAUCACAAAAUUCUUGACGUUAUCUGUCCACCUUUAUCUGGGUCUUCCUUUAGUGCGUUUACCAUACUGUCUUCUCCAAAGAUAAAAAGUUGCAACAGAAAAUUAAUGAAAUGUGCCUCAAGUAUUCAAACUGUGCCUUCUGCAUCUAGUCUGUAGGUAGAUGCUUUACUUCUGUCAGAACCAGUGGCGUAACGCACGGUUUGCACCUUUAAACACAAAACUAAGGGCCCCCAAACAUUUAGGCCCUGAAGGGGCCCCCAAAAGAUUGUUCGGAAGGCGGGUUUUUGGAUAAAAACAAAUGUUUCUUAAUAGCAUUCGCAGCAACAUUAAACUGGGCGCAUGAUAGGAUAUGAUUUGUGACCAAACACAAUAAUGAUAUAAGGUAAUGCAUAUGCAUGUCAAUUAGGCUUCCCCACAUAAUACCCCCACAAAAUGAAAGUUUUAACUCGCUUAAUUCUCACGUCAGAAAAGAAAAAGGAAGGAGAUGUUGCAAAAGGCCUUCAAGAAAAGAUGGAUAGUUUCGAAUUUGUUCUGUUUAUAGUCAUGUGGGAAAGAAUACUGCGUGCUAUAAAUUAUACAUCAAACGAAUUUCAGUUGCCUAAGUUGAACUUUCAGUUGCGUCUAGGCUUCUAAACUGCUCAAUUUCAGACAUAGAGCUACUUCGGAACUCUUCGGAGUCAGUGAGGAUGACAGUUUCUGCUCUUGCCAGUUCUUGGUGCUCAUCUCUUGAAUUUACCCAGAAGAGAGAGAGCAAAGUCAAGUAUUUCUUUGAUGAACUAUCUUGAAAUAAUGCGUUAAGUGAUCCAGAAAAAUGGUUUAAGGUCAAGGCUUUCUACAAAACAGUCGAUACAGCUCUUAUGCAGCUUCGAUUGCGAUUUAAUGGGCAAAGUUUGGUCAUGGUUGAUUUGGGGUAAAGAAACUCAGGUUGUAUGUAUGAGUUGUCUGAUCAGAUUUUCAUCACAAAAGCUGUAAUUGCAGCAUAUCCAGGUGAUUUUACAAGAAAUUUGGAAACCGAAUGGCGGUUACUUGCAAAGGAGUCCAAGAAAGAUAUUGCAGACAAAGAGUCAGUUCUUGAAAUUGUAAAUUUGAUGCUGGAAAGCAGAGUGAGUUCAUCCUUUUCAGACGUGUACAAAUUUCAAACUCUGUUUGUAACAAUUCCAGUUACGGGUUGCCACAGCUGAAAGAUCAUUUUCAAAACUUAAAUUGAUUAAAAUGUACUUAAGGUCAAAGAUAACUCAAGAAAGAUUCGAUAACUUGGCAAUACUGUCCAUAGAAAAUUCAGAAGCGAAAUCAAUUGAUAAAACUGAACUCACUGAGCGAUUCGCACAUGUUAAUGCUCAAAGGCAUAAAAUAAUUGGCAUAUAGAACUUGAAAUUUCUUUUUUCUUAUAACAUUUCAAAUAAAAUCAUAUUCAUGACGUUUUUUAAGCACUUGUGAACAAACUUUCGCAUAAUUUUACGGAAAUUGCAUUGAUAACGUUUCUUCAUCUAGGUCUUAUAAUAUUCUUCAUUAUUCAUAAGGACCACAUAAGGACAGAAAGUUUAUAGAUAUGUUGGAAAUUGCUGCAGAAAAGUAGUCAAGUCACUCAAAUAUUGACUGUAUCUAUCAAAGUCUAAUGCCCAUUCACUUUGGCGAGUUAAACCAGCUUAAAAUAAGUCAGAUUAUUGAGUGGGGCCUUCUAAUUGGUCUAUCCAACAAAUCGGACGCGUUUGAUUGGUUGAAAUAAAACCUAGUAUAAAUGUAGCUGGUUUAACUGUGCCAGUGUGAAGGCAGCAUAAGCAAACAUUUCAUAUUCACACCAGCGCAGAUUUCUUUAAUAUUUUGUUUCACAUUCAAGGUAUUACGGAAGGAGAGGAGUUAUUAUUUCUUUUCAUGUGCCACCAUUAGAGAGCAUAGAAAUAUAUAUGGCAGCAGAAUCUCUCUUCGUAUAUUGUUCAAUGUUAUCAAAACGGGGUUUUUCGGGAAAACCCCAAAGAGUGAAUGAUUAGGCUUUAAAAUUUGACUCAACCUUAGUUAAGUAUGGGGGCCCUAAAACACGACUUUCACUAAGGGCCCCACACUGCUCAGUUACGCCACUGGUCAGAACACUGUCAUUUGAGAACACGCUAUGCCAUAAACCAUGCUCCAAACAUAG